AUGGUGCGCCAGGUUCAGCCGCUGCGCAUCAGCAAGUCGACGCCGAACGUGUCGCCCACCAAACUGGCCAGUCCUCGGCCGCUGGCAGAGAUCGGCAAUACCGAACGCCGCCGCAACUCACCUUCCUACAACCAAGCGACCAAGAAGAUGAUUGUUUCCCGCGAGUCGUCGCCCUACGCAGACAACUCCUUCACCAAGGAGAACGCCUCGUCACCGCGCGCAUUCUGGAGCACACGAGAAUCCAUGUCGAACUCUCGCUUCGACGACACCGAAAACACACCCGAGCGCGAACCCUCGCCAGGCUUGCUAUCGCCUAAGCGCCGCGCCAGCAUCGAGAAGCUGAAGCAGGCUGGACGUGUCAAGACCAGCAACAUCUUCGCGCUGGAGAACAAGGACUCAUAUGACCCGAACAACCUCCCGAUCGUCGAGCGUCCGAGUGCGAACCGUCCUCUCAGUCAAUACAUGACCAACAACAGCUUCACGCGGAAUGAUAGCCUUAGGAAGGAGAACAGUCCGUUCAGCAGCAGUCCACUCAGGAGUCCGACUCGACCUGGCCACAAGCGCAUGGAGAGCGACUCGGCAGUGUCCAUGUUGAGCAAGCCUAGCAGUCCCAUCAAGAUACCCCUGCCAUCCAGUCCACAAAAGGAAGGCGCUUCUCCAGCAUCGCCCACCAAGUCGUCGUUGUCACGCACCAGCCAGUUCGGGUCUUCGUUGGAGCAUGUCAUCAGCGCUCCAUGGUCUGAUGGCGAUGACCGAGCACCUACACCGCGUGCUAUACACCGUCACAACAAGAGUGUGACCUUCAACGAAGAGGCGCCGGUCGUCAACGAGUAUGAGAACCCUACACCAGAACCGUCAGUAUCUGCUGCGUCUGGCUCUCGCGAAAGCAGCUGGGACUCGGACGACUACGAUCAGAACUACAGCUUCGAGCGUGGAAGCUCAGUUGAGCACCGCGACGACAGCUUUGACGAAGACCUUGAGAACGCAGACAAGACACCGGUUGUCUUACCAGAAGACUGGUCUCGUAUGUCCCCGGAGGAAGCACGGACUGAUCUGAUUGAUGAUGGGGAUGAUGUCUUCGAGGGCUCUUCUCCGGUCCCGCAGCGAGCUGUGCUUGGGCGUUCGGAAAGUGUCACAUCAGAUGGCGAGUCUCGUCCGUUGCCACCACUUCCAGGACUGGCAUCACCGCAGCGAGCGAGCUUGGGUGAGGCUGCUGAGCGUGCAUCUCACGCUGCGCGAAAUCUGCCAUCGCCACCAAAGCGGGAGUCAUGCUCACUCGGACAGUACGACGAGGAAAGACCAAGCUCCAAGCACUCUAUGGAUCAUGAGCUCACCAUUACGAAUCUCGACACUGGUGAGCAGCGGGAUGUUCAAGUCAAUGAGACGGGCAUCAUCGAGGACAACUCGACGGUCGAUGAUGUGGCAGAUUUUGCUGCACCAAAGAUCUCUCGGGAGAGCAUUCUGCGCAAUGUCAGGAACAGCAAAUACGAGUUCGAUGAUGAGGAUGAAGAGUCAGUCACCAGCCGCGAGAACAGUCCAGCCCGGCCGACAUACACAGACUUGGCGAGAAUGCACCCAGACGAACCAGUCCCUUCACGAGAGAACAGCCGAGAGACCAGCGAACACCACAUCGGUGCAUACUUCGAAGAGCGUGCUGAGAGCGAGGAUAUUGAGAUUAAGGCGGAGCCCACAGACGACGACGGCAUCGACAUGAACUCAAUUCCUGUCCUUGAGGAUCAUCUCGAGCCGCCGAGGUCUCCAUCACGCUUGGACGACUAUGAGCGACAGUCUUCGGUCUUGCGCCAUGAUGUUGGCUCACCAAGCGAAGAUGGCGAUGAGUCUGGAAGUCGUUACUCAUCUGUCGAGCCAGAAGCGGAGAGCACCACACUACAUGCCCAGCAUGAAAACGCACCCGUUGUCGACGAUGGCAAGGAAUCGUUGCAAGAUGCGAUGCAGCUGCUGAGUGUCAAGGACUACUCGCAGGCAGAGGCUGAGACCAGACCAACCCCAAAGAAAUCCUCAGUCGGAGACUUCAUGGGCCUGCCAGCAUAUCUCAGUAGCGACGACUUUGACUUUGGCAUGGGCCAGUAUAUCGAGCCAUCUCCACCACAGUCACACGAGAACACCAAACAGCUCGACAUUACUGCAAACGCACCGGUCUUGCCACCAGCAGCUGACAUCAAGCCCGCGAUGAAAGAUCUGCCACGUCCAGCCUACGAUGGAGCUGAGUUCUCCCCACCACCGUCCCCUUCUGGCUCUGUGAUCCACCACUCUGAAAGUCAGAUCUCGGUACUAGAGGAGCCUGCCCUCGAGGAGCCCGAGCGAGAUAGCCCAGUGAUCCCAGAACGACGCGCGACCAUCCGGACGAACGGUCAACUCAAGGCACGCCCUUCUGCCACUCCUGCAGACUUCGCAACCAUGGCUGAGCAGCGACGUACUGUUAGUGCCAGUCACCCUGUACCAGCAGCCAUUCCCGAAGCAUACAGAGCAGAGGUCGACCAGGUUCCUGAAGCCACCGAGAGCGACAUCGAUGUCGAUGAGAAACAUGCUACGACGUACUCAUCCGAGGGAACCGAGUCCAAGGCCGACUCGGCUGUCGAGUCUUCUGCGGUCACGAGUCCAGAAACGAAGCGCCGCGAGAGCCGUAAGAUGGCCAAGCUGAACCUGGAGAUUCCUUCGCUCGCUGUCGAUGACCAGAACGACGGUCUUGGUCUUGACCAGGCCUUUGAUCGUGUCAUCGAGAGUCAAAAGGUGCGGUCAUUCUUCCCUCCACCCCUUCUUGCCAGAUCCGACCUGCCUUCCCAGCAGGCUCGAAGCUCUGAGCUUUCGUCUUUCAACUCUGCCGGCGGUUUCGAUUCGCCAGAGGGCCUAUCACAUGCUCCAACUCCCUUCUCGCCACAGACUAAUUUCAGCGCUGGUACUGACGUGUCUCCUCGCAAGCAGAAGGGUUACCUCAUGCGCCAGCACACGAAAGUUGUUGUGGCCUCGAACCGAAACUUCUCGAACAGCAGCCGAGGGACAGUUUCUUCAAACGAGAAUGCGCCAACAUCACCCACAUCCUCACGACCUAGCUCACGAGGCUUCAGAGGCGGCAACUCCAGGAAGCCAAGUGCGGAGCAGUAUCUCAAGACUGAGCCAUGGAAUGGAAAGGCCAGGCGCGAGAGCCAGCGACAAGCAUCUGCAGCGCAACAUGGUCCAGCACCACCCCUCCCUGGUCAUCAGAGCGCUCUUGGUGUCGUGAACGAGGACUUCGCGGCAGGCACGGGCAGUCUCGAAGAUGAGGUCGCUGAAGGUGUUGAACGUGGCCGGCUGUUCGUCAAGGUUGCCGGGGUGAAGAACCUUGAUCUACCGCUCCCACGAAACAAUCGUCUCCACUUCCAGAUGACUUUGGACAACGGUCUGCAUUGCGUGACGACUUCCAAGCUGGAGCUUGGUCAAUCGGCACCCAUCGGGCAGGAGUUCGAGCUGGUCGUGUUGAAUGACCUCGAGUUCCAGCUCACUCUCACCACAAAGCUUCCACCGCCACCAAGGACCAACUGCCCAGUGCCUUCCUCGCCGACAAAGACUCCAAAGCACGCAAAGUCAUCGAGCUUGUCACGUUUCCUGACGAGUCCGAAGAAGCGUGCCGAGAAAGAGCGUCAAGAGCGCGAGGCUGCUGAGGCGGAGGAGCAAAGACUGCAGGACGAAGCCAGGCGGAAGCGGGCAUCGACACAACCAACUGCUUGGGAUCUCUUGCACGACCUCGUCAAUGAGUCUGAUGGCUCGUUCGCGCGUGCGUACGUUAACCUCAAGGCGCACGAGAAGCAGUGCUUUGGCAGAAAGCUGACUGUUGAUGUUCCCUGCUACAACGAGUGGGCUUUGGAGAACGACUCGCACGUCGUGAACAGUGUCCGAAGCAAGCGCGGCAACCAUGGUCCUAUCCGACGACCACCUUACGUUGUUGGUCACUUGGAAGUGGAACUCCUCUACGUCCCCAAGCCAGCAGGUGCCGCGGAUGAAGAGAUGCCGAAGAGUAUGAGCAGCGCUGUUCGCGAGAUGGGCAAAGCCAGUGAAGUCAAGGAAGUCGUCCACGAAGGUCUUCUCAGCCAACAAGGUGGCGAUUGCACACACUGGCGACGUCGUCUAUUCCGUCUUCAGGGACCCAGACUUACAGCAUACCACGAGCACACCCACCAAAAGCGCGCUGUGAUCAACCUCGGCAAGGCCUCACGCCUAGUCGACGACAAGAGCACCCUCGUGGCAAAUCCAAAGUCAGGCAACCCCUCCAAGCACGGCCGCCGCAAGUCCGCCUUCGCGGAGGAAGACGAAGGCUACCAGUACGUUGAGGAAGGCUUCCGAAUCCGCUUCGCCAACGGCGAAACCAUCGACUUCUACGCCGAUAGCCGUGGGGAGAAAGACCUCUGGAUGGAAGCUCUCAGCCAAGUCAUCGGAAAGCCAGAUCCUGGUCGCAAGGCUGCUUCUUGGACGGAUCUUGUUCUUGCGAGGGAGAGGGCUGAGGGACCUCCUACUCCGCGACAGUCUUCGUUGACGGAAAUGAGGGAUUUCACGAAGCCGCCGCCGCCGGUGAGGAAGAAUAGUGUUGUGGAUCGCAAGCCGGUAUCUACGUCGAAGAGUGUGCCGAGUAGUCCGAUGAAGGGUGUGAGGGCAGGACCUCCUCUUGCGGAUCAAGGAUCGAGGCCUAAGACGCCGCCUAUGAGUGCGAGGAGGGGCCAUCGGAGUCGGAAUGCUGUCAAGAGUAUGAUUUUCUGA